CAGGUCACUAUCUCUUUAUUUGGUCUUCUUCUUCACAAAUGAUACGAGAAAUUUUCAGAGAGCUCCAUCCAAAUCAUCGAAGUAAACGAAAAAAAGACUCCAAGGAAAACCCUAGAAAUAAGAAUACUUCUUCUGUUGCUGUUUCGUCUUUGACGAUUAGAAAGUAGGAAAAAAUGGUUGAAGGAAUAGUAGCUCAGGAUUUGGAUAUGUGUUUUCAAAACCUUGUGAUGGUUGGAGUAGAAGGUGGUGGAAAGAUGAUGAUGAAUAAUUGGAAAGAUCUUCCAAUGGAGCUUCUAUUGAGGAUUCUUUCGCUUGUGGAUGAUCGUACGGUUAUUGUAGCUUCAGGAGUGUGUACUGGUUGGAGAGAUGCUGUUUGCUUGGGUCUUGUGAGUCUCAAUAUCUCAUGGUGCAAAAAUAACAUGAACAACCUUUUGCUGUCACUAGCGCCCAAGUUCACGAAGUUACAGACUCUAUCCUUGCGCCAAAGUACACCCCAACUUGAGGAUAACUCUAUUGAGGCUAUCGCGAGCUGGUGUCAUGAUCUUACAGACUUGGAUCUUAGCAAAAGCCUCAAGCUUACUGAUAGCUCCCUGUAUGCAGUAGCCCAUUGCUGUCCUCUACUGACUAAGCUUAACAUCAGUGGUUGUCCGACCUUUGGUGACGCGGCUCUUGCGUAUCUGACUAGUUUCUGCAAGAACUUGAAAAGCCUGAACCUCUGUGGGUGUGUGAAAGCUGCAUCUGACAGAGCCCUGCAGGCUAUUUCAUACAAUUGCAGCCAAAUGCAGUAUUUGAACCUUGGAUGGUGCGACAGUGUUACUGAUGCAGGAGUGACGAGUUUAGCAUUUGGAUGCCCGGAUCUUAGGUCGUUGGACUUGUGUGGCUGCGUCCUUAUAACAGAUGAGAGUGUGAUUGCUUUGGCGAGUAAGUGCAUUCAUUUGAGAUCUCUUGGGUUAUACUACUGCCAGAACAUUACGGACAAGGCAAUGUAUUCUCUAGCCAACAGCCGAUCUAAGAGCAGCACUGUGAAGCGUGAUAAUGAUUUGUGGGAGUCUGUCAAAAGCAGCAGUACCAGUAGUAACAGUAGCCAAAGCAGGUACAAAAAUGACGAAGAGGGGUUGGAAAAGCUAAACAUCAGCCAGUGUACUGCUCUCACUCCUCCAGCUGUUCAGGCUGUUUGUGACUCGUUCCCUUCUCUCCAUACCUGCGCUGGGCGGCAUUCCCUCAUUAUCAGUGGCUGUCUUAACCUAACAUCUGUUCACUGUUUAUGUGCUCUCCAAGCACGUCGUGUUGCUACCAGCAAUCUUACUUCUCAUCCUCAUGCUCACUAGGUUCCAGUUACAAAAGAAACAUGAAAUGAAAGCAAGAGUAACAGAAGAAUAUAUUGCAGGGGUGGUGCUCCCAAACAAGGUGUGGUGUGUACAUUGCUCUUCUUCAUUUGAACGAACUAUUUAAGCACUUCUAUUGGUGUAUCAAGACAUGAACACUGUUGUCAUGUUGUGUCAAAACAUAAUCAACUCUUACAUGUGUCAUAAAUAAGCCUCCGAGUCCGAACAAUGUUUGUUUCUUAUAUUUGUUCUGAAGUAACAGUACUGUCAGCUUAAAUCAUGAUGAAAAUAUUCUGCAGCGAUUCAGUUCUUAA